UGGAAGCCGCUUGACAUUCCUCGGCUUUCCCUCCAGCCUCUGCACUGCUCUCCACUGCGAGCUCACGGACUCAGCAGCUCCACGGCACACGGACGAUAUUCGCCCUCCAGCUCUGCGCAGUAAAAACACACGGCUCGUCUUAUUCAUGCGCACUGCUCUCUCUUUCUCUCUAUGCGGAGCACUGGACAUUUUACACCCUUUUCAUUUUUCAAACGGGAGAUCAUGAUGAUGAUGAUGGUGAUAAGACACCGAUAUUAACAGCAUAACACCUUGCGGGGAGAGUGAAAAAAAAGAAACGCUGGAUAGACGCCUUCUCCUGCUUCUUCAGCAAUGAAUCUGACGGUCUGAAGCAGCUCUUUUCUCUCUUUCAUGCUGAUACUCCAGACGUGUCCGUGAUGGAAGUCAAGGAACGCAGACCCUACCGCUCUCUGACCUCCAGGCGGGACACGGAGCGCCGCUACACCAGCUCAUCCGCCGACAGCGAGGAUGGCAAGAUCAACCCUAAAUCUUACAGCUCGAGUGAGACCCUCAAAGCCUUCGACCAGGACUCCAGACUGGCUUAUGGCAGCCGCGUCAAAGACCUGGUGCACCAUGAGGCCGACGAGUUCAGCAGACAAGGGCCGGACUUUUCUCUCAGAGACAUGGCCUUCGGAGAUCCCGUGCCGCCACAUAUGGCAGCGUACCGGACAGAAAUGGGCCUUCCCCACCGCGACUACUCAGUGAGUGUGGCAUCAGACGCUGACACAGAAACAGACGGCAUAAUGUCCCCCGAGCACGCCGUCCGCCUCUGGGGCCGCAGCAACACCAAAUCCGGCCGCAGUUCCUGCCUGUCCAGCAGAGCCAACUCCAACCUUACGCUCACCGACACCGAGCAUGAAAACACUGAGAAUGGUCCUCCUCUGCAUUGCUCAUCUGCCUCCUCUUCCCCUGUCGACUCCCCUUACCCUCCCCCUUCCCACGCAGCCAAUCAGAGCCAGGGAAGGUUGCUAGGUAACAGCGGGGCUCAGGCCGGCCGGGACUCUGAGUCGGAAGAUGAGUUUGGCCCCAAUUCAUUCUUAGUUAAAACCGGCUCAGGGAACGUCUGCGCUCCGGCCGCCGCUACUGCUAAUGAGGGCUCGUUCCAGAAUCACUCACGGUUGCGAACGCCACCAUUACCCCUGUCUCACUCGCACUCCCCCAGUCAGCACCACACCGCCUCCAUCGGUUCCCUGAGCCGCAGCAACUACACCCAGCGCAGUAACCCGAGCCCGGCACCCACCGAUAGUUCAGCUCCCAAUGAGGGUCCGACAAGUGCCCAGGACUCCAGCAGCGCCCAGGACAACUGGCUUCUCAACAGCAACGUUCCUCUAGAGACCAGAAACAUAGCAAAGCAGACAUUCCUAGAGACUUUGCAGGACAACUUUAUAGAGAUGGACAUACUGGCGACAACUCGCCGCGACGGCGCUUACACUGAUGGACACUUUCUUUUCAAGCCUGGCGGGACCUCGCCUUUGUACUGCACCACUUCACCUGGUUACCCUUUGACGUCCAGCACGGUGUACUCUCCUCCGCCCCGGCCCCUGCCAAGAAACACCUUCUCACGGCCUGCCUUUAGCCUGAAGAAACCCUAUAAGCACUGCAACUGGAAAUGUGCUGCCCUCAGUGCCAUCCUCAUCUCUGUCACCCUGGUGUUCCUGUUGGCAUACUUUAUUGCCAUGCACCUCUUUGGACUCAACUGGCAUUUGCAGCCGGUGCAGAGGCAGAUAUAUCAGCUGACGGAGGACAACACCAGUGGCCUACAUCUGCCCACAGAUCUGGGGCUGCCACCUCUGGGUAACACAGGUCUAGAGUUUCCAGAUCGAGGAAGCAGAGACGAUGGUAAACUAGAUGGCUUCUUCCCGGAGGACAGCUUCAUAGACAUGGGCGAGAUAGACGUGGGCCGCAAAGUGGCUCAGCUGAUCCCGCCUGGAAUCUUUUGGAGGUCGCAGGUCUUUAUUGAUCACCCAAUGUACCUCAAAUUCAAUGUGUCCCUUAGUAAAGAUGCCUUGGUGGGGAUCUACGGGAGGAGAGGACUGCCACCGUCACACACACAGUUUGACUUUGUGGAGCUGUUGGAUGGUCGUCGGCUUCUGUCGCAAGGCUUGCCAGGUCUUGAUGGUCCGCCUUUUCCAGCCCAGCAGCGGAGCCUGGUGCCUAUCACCAGUCAUGAUACAGGAUUUAUACAGUACAUGGACUCGGGAAUCUGGCACUUGGCUGUAUACAAUGAUGGGAAGGAGACUGAGCAGGUGUCCUUUCUAACAACUGCAAUCGACUCUAUUGAUGACUGUCCUAGUAACUGUUUUGGAAAUGGAGACUGUGUGUCUGGAAACUGCCAUUGUUUUCCAGGCUUCAGAGGACCCGACUGCAGCAGGGCAUCAUGUCCUGUGCUGUGCAGUGGGAACGGUCAGUACCUGAAAGGACGCUGCAUGUGUCACAGCGGCUGGAAAGGGUCUGAAUGUGAUGUUCCUACAAACCAGUGCAUCGACAUCACCUGCAGUGGACAUGGAACAUGCAUUGUGGGAACCUGCAUCUGCAAUCCUGGCUACAAAGGAGAAAACUGCGAAGAAGUGGACUGUCUGGACCCAACCUGUUCAGGGAGAGGUGUGUGCGUUCGGGGAGAGUGCCACUGUUUUGUGGGAUGGGGAGGUCCUGGAUGUGAGAGUCCUCGUGCGUCCUGUAUGGAGCAGUGCUCUGGACACGGGAGUUUCUUGGCUGAUACAAACACCUGCAACUGUGACCACAACUGGACCGGUCAUGACUGCUCCACAGAGCUGUGCGCAGCGGACUGUGGUGGACAUGGCAUCUGUGUGGCGGGCAGCUGCCGGUGCGACGAGGGCUGGAUGGGCACCGGGUGCGAGCAACGGGCUUGUCACCCUCGCUGCAGCGAACACGGGACCUGCAAGGACGGAAAGUGCGAAUGCAGCCCGGGAUGGAAUGGAGAACACUGCACUAUCGCUCACUAUCUGGAUAAGGUAGUGAAAGAGGGCUGCCCUGGUCUGUGCAAUGGCAAUGGCAGAUGCACGCUGGGUAAUAAUGGCUGGUACUGCGUUUGUCAACUGGGCUGGCGGGGAGCAGGCUGCGACACAUCAAUGGAGACGGCCUGCAGUGACGGCAAGGACAAUGAUGGAGAUGGGUUGACGGACUGCAUGGACCCGGAUUGCUGCUUGCAGGCAUCAUGUCACACAACAUCUCUGUGUGUGGGCUCUCCCGAUCCUCUGGAUAUCAUUCAGGAAACCCAAAUCUCUUCCAGUCUGAGCACCCUGCAGUCCUUCUAUCAGCGCAUCCAUUUCUUGGUGGGCCGGGACAGCACCCAUGUCAUACCUGGUGUCAAUCCCUUUGAUGGCAUUCAUGCCUGCGUUAUCCGGGGACAAGUGGUGACUUCUGAUGGAACUCCUUUGGUUGGCGUAAAUAUCAGCUUCAUUAACAAACCGGCCUAUGGGUAUACAAUCACCAGACAGGACGGCAGCUUUGACCUGGUGAGCAACGGUGGCGUGGCCAUUGGCCUGCGGUUUGAGCGUGCUCCCUUCAUCACUCAGGAGCACACCUUGUGGCUGCCAUGGGGGCGUUUCUUCGUCAUGGAUACAAUUGUGAUGCGACACGAGGUCAACGACAUCCCCAGCUGUGACCUGAGCAGCUUCACCCGUCCCAUGCCCAUCGUCCUGCCUGCUCCUUUGACAGCGUUUGCAGGGACCUGCCCUGAGAGGGGCAUCGUCGUUCCAGAGAUUCAGACCCUCCAAGAAGAAGUGCGGAUCCCAGGUACAGAUAUGCGCUUGGGCUACUUGAGCAGCCGGACUUCUGGCUAUAAGUCUCUUCUGCGAAUCACCCUCACCCACUCCACCAUCCCGUUCAGCCUGAUGAAGGUGCACCUUAUGGUGGCCGUUGAAGGAAGACUUUUCCGGAAGUGGUUUUCAGCUGCUCCCAACCUCUCUUACGACUUUGUUUGGGACAAAACCGACGUCUACAGCCAGAAAGUAUAUGGGCUGUCUGAGGCUUUCGUGUCGGUGGGGUUUGAGUAUGAAUCCUGUCCAGAUCUGAUCCUCUGGGAGAAGCGGACGGCUGUUCUGCAGGGAUACGAGACCACUGCGUCAAAUCUUGGUGGCUGGAGUGUGGACAAACACCAUGCGCUGAACAUUCAAAGUGGUAUCCUUCACAAGGGCAACGGUGAGAACAUCUUCAUUUCCCAGCAGCCUCCAGUCAUAGGAAGCAUCAUGGGUAAUGGACGGAGGCGCAGUAUCUCCUGUCCGAGCUGCAACGGGCUGGCGGAUGGAAACAAGCUGCUCGCACCUGUAGCUUUAGCUUGCGGGUCGGAUGGCAGUCUGUAUGUGGGAGAUUUCAACUACGUCCGUCGCAUCUUCACAACGGGAAAUGUCACCAGCGUCCUAGAGCUCAGAAAUAAAGAUUUCAGGCAUAGCAACAGCCCUGCACACAAAUAUUACCUGGCCACCAGUCCUGUUUCAGGUUGGCUGUACCUCUCGGACACCAGCAGCAGGAAGGUGUUCAAAGUCAAGUCUCUGUAUGCAGUGAAAGAUGUGGCCAAAAACCUGGAGCUGGUGGCGGGAACAGGAGAUCAGUGUCUGCCAUAUGACGAGACUCGAUGUGGGGACGGAGGCAAAGCUGUGGAGGCCACACUCACCAACCCAAGAGGCAUCACCGUGGAUAAGUAUGGUGUGAUCUUCUUUGUGGACGGCACCAUGAUCCGCCGCAUCGAUCAGAACGGCAUCAUAUCCACCCUGCUGGGCUUCAACGACCUGACUUCGGCUCGACCCCUCAGCUGUGACUCGGUGAUGGACAUCUCGCAGGUGCGUCUGGAGUGGCCGACUGACCUCGCUGUGAGCCCCAUGGACAACUCUCUUUAUGUGCUGGACAACAAUGUAGUCUUACAGAUCUCCGAAAACCAUCAGGUCAGGAUUGUAGCAGGACGCCCCAUGCACUGCCAGGUCCCCGGUCUGGACCACUUCCUAGUCAGCAAAAUCGCCAUCCAUGCCACCUUGGAAUCAGCCAACGCUCUGGCCGUCUCCCACAAUGGUCUUCUGUACAUCGCAGAGUCGGACGAAAAGAAAAUCAACCGCGUUCGUCAGGUUUCAACCAACGGUGAAAUCUCUCUGCUCGCUGGUGCCCCCAGUGGCUGCGACUGUAAAAAUGAUGCCAACUGUGACUGCUACUCUGGCGACGACGGCUACGCGAAAGACGCCAAACUUAAUGCUCCUUCAUCGUUAGCGGUUUCGCCUGACGGUGAGCUUUUUAUUGCAGAUUUAGGAAACAUUCGUAUUCGAUAUGUUCGUAGGAACAAAGCGUUCCUAAAUCCACUCAAUAUGUAUGAGAUUUCAUCACCAAUUGACGACGAGCUUUACUUGUUCGAUGUAAAUGCGAGCCACGUCUUCACCCAAAGUUUGACCACCGGCGAUUACCUCUACAACUUCACAUACUCUGGCGAGGGUGACUUGAGUAGCAUCACUGAUAAGAAUAAGAACCGUGUGAGCAUCCGCAGAGACUCCACAGGCCUGCCACUCUGGUUAAUGGGGCCCGAUGGACAGACCUUCUGGUUCACCAUGGGGACAAAUAAUGCGCUGAAGAGCGUGGCAGCACAAGGACAGGAAAUCGCCGUCAUGACGUACCAUGGCAGCUCGGGCCUGCUGGCCACCAAGAGCAAUGAGGACGGCUGGAGCACCUUCUAUGAGUAUGACAACUACGGCCGGCUGACAAACGUGACCUACCCUACAGGCCGGGUGAGCAGUUAUCGCACAGACUCAGACAGCACUGUACGCGUGCAAACCGAAGGCUCCAACAAAGAGGACAUCACCGUCACCACCAACCUGUCAGCAUCCGGAACAUUCUACACGCUCAUGCAGGAUCAAGUCAAAAACAGUUACUACAUCGGACUGGAUGGCUCUUUGCGUCUGGUACUGGCAAACGGUAUGGAAGUGUCUCUCCACACGGAGCCUCACCUGCUGUCAGGAACAGUGAACCCAACCAUAAGCAAGAGAAACGUCACGCUGCCCAUCGACAAUGGACUCAACCUGGUGGAGUGGAGACAGCGCAAAGAGCAAGCGCGAGGGCAGGUCACAGUAUACGGACGCAGACUCCGGGUUCAUAAUAGAAAUUUGUUAUCUAUGGAUUUCGAUCGGGUAACCAGGACUGAGAAAGUGUAUGAUGACCACAGGAAGUUCACCUUAAGGAUCCACUAUGAUCAUGCUGGAAGACCUACAUUGUGGGCUCCAAGUAGCCGGCUAAAUGGUGUCAAUGUUACCUACUCACCAGGUGGCCACAUUGCUGGCAUCCAGAGAGGCACAAUGUCAGUCCGAAUGGAAUAUGACCAAAAUGGGAGAAUCACCUCAAAGAUAUUUGCAGAUGGAAAAUCAUGGAGCUACACCUACCUUGAAAAGUCCAUGGUGCUGCUGCUCUACAGCCAGCGACAAUACAUCUUCGAGUUUGACAAGAACGACCGCCUUUCUUCAGUAACCAUGCCCAAUGUGGCCAGACAGACCUUGGAGACCACCCGUUCCAUCGGCUAUUACAGAAACACAUACCGGCCACCUGAGGGCAAUGCCACAGUUUUGCAAGAUUACAGUGAAGAUGGACUGCUUCUGCAAACCAUCCACCAAGGAACAGGACGUAGAGUCAUCUAUAAGUAUGGGAAACUCUCCCGUCUGCUAGAAAUCCUUUAUGAUACGACACGGAUUGCCUUUUCUUAUGAUGAAUCUGCAGGCAUGCUCAAAACUGUGGGGCUUCAAAGUGAAGGUUUUGCUUGUACCAUACGUUACAGACAGAUCGGACCACUUAUCGACAGACAGAUCUUUCGUUUUAGUGAGGAGGGCAUGGUGAAUGCCCGCUUCGACUACAACUAUGACAACAGCUUCCGGGUCACCAGCAUGCAAGCAGUGAUUAAUGAAACCCCCUUGCCCAUUGACCUCUAUCGCUAUGAUGACGUCUCAGGCAAGACGGAGCAGUUUGGCAAAUUUGGAGUUAUAUAUUAUGAUAUUAACCAGAUUAUAACCACAGCUGUAAUGACACACACCAAACACUUUGAUGCAUACGGAAGAGUUAAAGAAGUGCAGUAUGAGAUUUUCCGUUCGCUCAUGUACUGGAUGAUGGUACAGUAUGACAACAUGGGGCGAGUGGUGGCCAAGGAGCUUAAAGUCGGACCCUAUGCAAAUACCACCCGCUAUGCCUAUGAAUAUGAUGCAGAUGGUCAGCUCCAGGUAGUGUCCAUCAAUGAUAAACCUCUAUGGCGCUACAGUUAUGACCUUAAUGGCAAUUUGCAUCUCCUUAGCCCUGGUAAUAGCGCCAGACUUACACCACUACGCUACGACAUUCGGGACCGCAUUACUCGUCUAGGUGAUGUGCAGUACCGUUUAGAUGAGGAUGGAUUCCUCAGGCAAAGAGGCAAUGAUUUCUUUGAGUAUAACUCUGCUGGGUUGCUUGUUAAAACCUACAACAAAGUUAACGGAUGGACUAUCAAGUACCGCUAUGAUGGCUUGGGCAGAAGAGUGUCCAGUCGAAGUACCCAAGGCCACCAUCUGCAAUUCUUCUAUGCAGACUUGUCCAGUCCCACCAGAGUCACACACAUGUACAAUCACUCAAGCUUAGAAAUCACCUCACUCUACUAUGACCUUCAAGGCCACCUUUUUGCCAUGGAGUUGAGCAGUGGGGAUGAGUUCUAUGUGGCAUGCGACAACAUUGGUACUCCACUGGCUGUAUUUAGUGGCGCUGGUCUCAUGAUCAAACAGAUUCUCCACACAGCUUUUGGGGAAGUAUAUUUAGACUCCAACCCAAGCUUCCAGCUAGUAAUAGGCUACCAGGGCGGCCUUUAUGAGCCCCUUACAAAGCUUGUCCAUAUGGGCCGCAGAGAUUAUGAUGUUCUUGCAGGCCGGUGGACCACUCCUGACCAUGAUAUCUGGAAGCGGCUCAACAGCGACAACAUUGUGCCCUUCAACCUCUACAUGUUUAAGAACAACAACCCCUUGAGCAACAGCCAAGAAACCAAGUGCUACAUGACAGAUGUUAACAGCUGGCUGGUGACGUUCGGUUUCCAGCUAUACAACGUCAUCCCUGGCUACCGCAAGCCUGUCACAGAUGCCAUGGAGCCUUCGUACGAGCUCAUUCACACCCAGAUAAAGACUCAGGAGUGGGAUAGCACCAAGUCUGUUCUAGGGGUGCAGUGUGAAGUCCAGAGGCAGCUGAAGUCUUUUGUCCGGUUGGAGCGGUUUGGUCAGAUCUACAGUGCAAGUGAUUCUGGAUGUCCUCCAACCCCUCUCCACACACUUUUUGCAACAGGGACUUCUCUCUUCGGGAAAGGUGUGAAAGUCGCCAUCCGUGAAGGUCGCGUUGAAGCGGACAUCAUCAGCCUGGCUAAUGAAGAUGGCCGAAGGAUCGCCGCAGUCCUAGACAAGGCAAGCUACCUGCAGGACUUGCAUUUCACCAUUGCAGGCUUGGACACGCACUACUUUGUCAAAUCAGGUCUGGUAGAGGGUGAUCUAUCUCUGCUGGGUAUGACAGUCGGCCAGCGUACGCUGGAGACAGGAGUCAACGUAACAGUCUCGCAGGUCAACAUGGUCCUCGGAGGACGUUCGCGCCGCAUAACUGACAUCCAGAUGCAAUACGGUACUUUAAGCCUUAAUGUACGCUACGGCAGCAGUGUGGAUGAAGAAAAGGUCAGAGUUCUGGAGCUUGCACGACAGAGGGCGGUUGCAACCGCAUGGGCCCACGAGCGCCACAGACUACGGCAAGGAGAAGAGGGCUCUCGGGCUUGGACGGACGGGGAAAGGCAGCAGCUCCUAAGCUCUGGACGUGUACAGGGCUACGAAGGCUUCUACAUAGUAUCAGUCGACCAGUUCCCAGAGUUGGCUGACAACAUAAAUAACGUCCAUUUCUUGCGACAGACUGAGAUGGGACGCAGGUGACAUGAACGCGAAGGAAACCCUCGCUCGGACUCGACGUCCCAGACUUCUUGCCAAAGACAAGUUGCGUUUGUGACCAUAUUACGUUACUUUAUUUUUAUGUUAACUGUGCCAGACUUUUUUUAAUACAUGACAUACACGAUUGCAAACAGUUUAACUGUUUCAACAGCAGAGUGCCCUUCUCUCUUUUGGUAAUUCUUAAACCCUCUUUGCCCUUCAAGUGCGGCUGCUAGAAGGUGGCAUAUGGCGGAGUCGGCGGUUUAUGCCUUGGUGUUUGUGGGUUUGCUCAAAGGAAUAUAGGAAGAAGGCUGGUAAUGCAUUAUGCUCACUGGCUCAGCCUGCUGCCAGACGAGCAGAUUGUUAUUCACGAGCUUCACUCUACUCUGCCUUUUCCUGCGCCUCAGCCAAGGAGAGACCUCUUUUAAUCGCUUCUUUUUAUACUUGAAAGCCCACCGGCUGUGUCAUACUUAAACAAGAACAUUGGUGUUUGCAGUGCAUCGCUACCAGUUCAGAUUCCUAACUGAACCCAUCUCAUGUUCAAAACUUGUUGUGGUGUCUUGUAAUAUUUUGGGACUGAGUGGUUUGCUGGUAACAUCCUUUUAUUAUGAUUUCCAGUUUUGACCAAAUGGCUUAAAACACAUAGGGAAAGGGAACUUAACUGACAAGAGUUUAGGAGACAAGUAGGAAAUAGGUAGCCCCGUGGUCUUUAAAGAUAUGUGUGUAAAUGAUUCAGCACUGUUUGAAUGAAAACAAAACCUAGUGAGCUGCCUACCUAGAUGCCAUUUUAAAAGUUUGUUCUAAUAGCCUAGUUAGAUUUAAGGCAGCAUUGCAAGCUGUGUUCACACCAUGUCAGAAUUUCAACACAUCCCCUUGACAUCUGUCCUGAUGAAUUAUUAGGAAGUAGUGCACACCCCAGAUGUAAUGACCACUUCACUUUGCUUCAUAGCUUCAUCACCGCCUCGUGUGUGUUGUUGUCUAUUAAUUUAAUAGGCUGUCAUCAAUUAUCCCUUAUGUAAUUAUGGAAAAACUGCCAUGCUUAAACAUAGAACACAACUGAAUCUGGCUUAGGUGGUACAGUGGUCACGUAAAUUUCUAAUUUACGAAUAGUAAUAAAUAGUUUUACAAUAACAUAAGGUUUUUUUUUAUUUAAUGAUGACAAAUUAUGACAUGGUGUGAACACACCUACAUAAAUGUAGGUAAAAAAAAAAUUCUAAAUGACGAUUAUAUACAUUUCAGGUAUUUGAUUUUGUACGUUAGAGAUAGUCUGAACUUAUUUUGGACUCUUACCCAGUGUUUUUGUGCUGUAUGCACAAUAUUUAUUUGACUGUAGUGCAUUUAGCAUAGCAAAAUGCUCAUUUUAGACUACUGAAAUUCAUUCUUCCUUGCAUAGAGCUAUUUGUCUGGCAUGUGGGGAUCCAAAUAAAUCACUUAGAGAGCUGCCUGUAAAAGGCAGUUCCCUCUGUAGGCUGUGAGACAGCAAGGCAGCUUGCUAGGUUUUGAAAUGGAGCUACUGAGACUUUGUUUUUAAGUAAAAAAAAAAUUUUUCAUGGUAACAUUCACAGUAUAACAGUUGUGAAACAUUCAAAAAUGUGAACAUUUGUCCUUUUUAUUGCUAAUUGUUGUACUUGAACAAUGCCUAGUGUUUCAACACAUGGAAUAAAGUCCAAAAGGUCGGUCGAUUCAUUUAAUUUGCUUUCACGGUUACGGACCAUUCCUGAAUGACAGUAUUUAUUUCAGUGCUGUGUCUUUAGAGGAGUAUACAUCCUCGUGUCUGUCAGUGAAAUAAGCGCUUCAAGCGUAAAGUGGCAUGAAUGCUUAAAAAAAAAGAAGCACAUUACUUAAACGUGCACUCAGAUUCCUUUUUUUUUUUUUUUUUUUUAAAGAAAUACGUGCUGUCAGUGCUGCAUAUUGUGGUAAGGAAAGGUGACAACCCCUGUGAAUAGCCUUUGCCCCGAGGGUCUCCCAAGCACAGACCAAUGUCGUAAGUGCUGCCUGAGAUGCAUUAAGGCCUGCGGUUGAAAUGCACGUCAACCCACCAUCUGGAUUUGUGAACUUCAAAGUGCAUCUAUUUCUGGUUGGAUGGUGUUAAUAUGUCGGACAUGAAGGCGCAUUGGCGUUACAUGAAUCUGCCUCUGCUGUCGCUCUCGAGGAAAUCAAUCGGGGAUGCUCACUGAAAUGAGUAGAUCAAGUGUUUUUAAGCUGUAAAAUAUUGUCCAGCAUAUUUUGGUUUUAUUUACUGUCAUUGAAUGCAGUGAUCGCUGUAUUUAAAAAAAAAAAAAGCAACGUCAAAUGAAGGAUAAAAAAUGCAAUGUGUUCAAUUGCACUGAAAUACGUCGUAAGGCUUUUUGUUUUUGAACUCAUAUGGACUUUUUUGUUUGUUCUCAACACUGUGUUUCUAAAUGCUUCUCUUGGAAAGUGUAAAUAAGAAGACAAGAAACGGGCUGUAAAUAAAAUGCAAAUGUAGAUACCUUUUAGAGCUACAGCAGUGAAUCUGUGUAGUCUUUAGUUAAAGACGGAAAAAAAAUAAAGAAUAUUUUGUGUUUACAUUUA